CUCUCAUCUGGAAGUACUAACUGGGGCACACGACUUUUCAGUGUAUUUCUUGUGCUGUAACACCUCCUACUGGAAACUGGUAAUACUAGCUCUGAGCUUGCCAGCUUCUCAGGAACUUCCUUUAAUGGAUGGCAGCUUUAGAGACAAGAGGAUGGGGGGCUUUUAAGGUCUAAGUUUGUUCUGACAAAGUAAUGUUUUUAUCAGGGAGAUGCAAGAAGAAUAACAGUUGCAUUGUAUGUCCUCCUGACAGGAUGACAAUGCAAUCCUUGAGAUGUCCCUCAAGCUGGCCAGUAUCUAUGCUGCUCAGAAACAGUGAGUUCCCUGCUAAAAGCAUCUUUUGCUUCCAUCUCCGCUUCACAGUGGCAGUGGUGGCCAAGCAGAGGUUCCUUCCUCUUAAGAACACAGUGCCUGAGGAAGACAUGACAAGAUACCAUCAACAUAAAGGUUUCUCCAGGCACAAGUUAGCUCUGGCUGGUUAUGAGUUCUGCAUCCUGACCUUAGAGGAGAAGAUUGCCAAGCAGAAGGACUUGCCUGAGGAUGUCUUACCAGCUGAAGAAAAGGCCAACACCCGUCUCCUGCUUGGGAUGAGCCUGGACUCCUAUGCUCGCUAUCUCCUAAACCUCAACCAGCUCUCAGUAGCCCAAAAAAUGUAUGAGAAGGCUCUGCAGAUAUCAAAUGAUGUUCAGGGAGAGACUCAUCCACAGACUGUGGUCCUGAUGAAUGACUUGGCAACUGUACUGGAUGCUCAGGGGCACUAUGAUGAGGCUUACUCUUAUGUGAAGAGGGCAGCCGAGCUGGCAAAGGAGACUCAACACCCUGAGGAGCACAUGGUGCUGAAUAACCUGGCAGCAAUUCUGAUGCACAAAGAAGACUUCCUGCAAGCAAAACAAGUGUAUAAAGAAGCUCUCAAGCAGGCACAACAGAAGGGAGAUGCUGCUUCUGUCCAGCAUAUCCAGGAAGAACUAGCUGAGCUGGCCAAGAGGAGAAAAGCCUCCAAAUAAGUUCAGCCACAGAGUCCAACCUGGAGGAAGAUGACAGCAGCAAGGGCUGGUCAGUACAAGCAGCCUUGCACCAGUUUGGUGCAAUCCGGGGGAAAGACAAGUUUUAAGGACUGCUUAACAAGAAGGGCUGUUACACUCUUAACAACUUAGCCCAGAAUAAAGUUGUGAAAUCUCAA